AGCUGGCUUUUCCAGGAAACGAAAGUGAACUCUGGGGAGCCAUCUUGCGGCCCAAGUGCGGGUCUGGCCGGCACUAUGUCUCAGGGGCUCAGGGGACCCGCAGGGGUGUUCCCCCACCAGGCACGUUCCUACUUGGACCCCAGCUAUGAGCAUAACAAGUGGAGACAUCCACAGCCACAUGGGCCUGGGUCUUACCCCAGGAGUUUCCAGCUCCAGCAGAUAAACUUUCUCAAAGGGCGGCUCCCAGAAGCGCCCCUGAUUGGACAGCAGUCCCAGUCACUGCCGCCACCCUUCCCAGGACACUGGCCCAGGUUCCCAGGGCCUCCUUCCCAAGGCAAGCAACUGGAAAUCUGGGAUUUCCCCAGAAGUGUGGCUCUCGGAAGUCAGGGGUCCCACACAGGACUCCCACCCAGCAGAAGUCUGUCAUGGAAUGGUGCUGACAGGCUUUGCUCGCACUUCUGGGAGCUGAGCAUCAGUCAGAAUCCAGAGCCAAAGAUCCUAGGCCGCCUGGAGGAGCUUGGUGAGGGCAAGGCCUCCAGCGCCCAGGUACUAGCCAGAGAGCUCAGGCUUCCAAAGAAGGAGAUCAAUCGUAUAUUGUACUCCUUGGAAAGGAGGGGGAAGGUGCGUAGAAGAGGGGGAACUCCCCCUCUGUGGAGCCUUGCACCCCCACAUCAGGCUUGGACUCAGCCUGCUAGAGCGGUGAAUCUAGACACUUGUGUUCAGGCAGUCCCUCAAGAAGAGCCUGGUGUGGACAGUGAAGACAAAGAUCCUGCCUCUGACUUAGAAGGGCCUCCUGAGCCUCUUGACAUGGCAGAGAUCAAGGAGAAAAUCUGUGACUACCUGUUCAAUGUGUCAAACUCCUCUGCCCUGAAUCUGGCUAAGAACAUUGGCCUCACCAAGGCCCGAGAUGUGAAUGCAGUGCUGAUUGACUUGGAAAGGCAAGGCGAUGUCUACCGACAAGGGGCCACACCUCCCAUCUGGUACUUGACUGACAAGAAGCGGGAGAGGCUGCAGAUAAAACGAAGUACACACAGUGUUCCAGCAGCUGUCCCAGAGGCUACCAGAAGCACCUCAUUCCCCACCUGCCACUCACCCCCAUCAGGUGCCUCAAGCAGCAUGGCAACCCCUCAAAAAGUAGAGAAUGGGCAGGAGCCUGUGAUAAAGUAUGAAAGUAGGUAUGAGGCCAGACCAGGACCAGUAAGACUGCGACCACACGCUUAUCACAAUGGCCCCUCCAGAGCAGGGUAUGUUGACUCUGAAAAUGGCCAGUGGGCCACAGAUGACAUCCCAGAUAACUUGAAUAGUAUCCACACAGCACCAGGUGAGUUUCGAGCCAUCAUGGAGAUGCCCUCCUUCUACAGCCCUACCUUGCCACGGUGUUCACCAUACAAGAAGCUGACCGAGUGCCAGCUGAAGAACCCUGUCAGCGGGCUGUUAGAGUAUGCUCAGUUCACUAGUCAGACCUGUGAUUUCAACCUGAUAGAACAGAGUGGACCAUCCCAUGAACCUCGAUUUAAAUUCCAGGUUGUCAUCAAUGGCCGAGAGUUUCCCCCAGCUGAAGCUGGCAGCAAGAAAGUGGCCAAGCAGGAUGCAGCAAUGAAGGCCAUGGCCAUUCUGCUUCGGGAAGCCAAAGCUAAAGACAGUGGGAAACCAGAAGAAUUAUCGCACUGCCCCAUGGACGAAGACUCAGAGAAGCCAGCAGAGUCCCAAACCUCCAGCUCCUCAGCAACAUUAUUCUCUGGGAAGAGCCCCGUCACUACACUGCUCGAGUGUAUGCACAAAUUAGGGAACUCCUGUGAAUUUCGCCUCCUGUCCAAAGAAGGCCCUGCCCAUGACCCCAAGUUCCAGUACUGUGUAGCAGUGGGAGCCCAGACUUUCCCCACUGUGAGUGCCCCCAGCAAGAAAGUAGCAAAGCAGAUGGCGGCAGAGGAAGCCAUGAAGGCUCUGCAGGAGGAGGCAGCCAAUUCAGCUGAUGACCAGUCUGGAGGCGCGAACACGGAAUCACUUGACGAAUCUGUGGCACCCAACAAGAUCAGGAGGAUUGGUGAGCUCGUCAGGUACCUGAACACCAACCCCGUGGGCGGCCUGUUAGAGUAUGCUCGAUCCCAUGGCUUUGCUGCUGAGUUCAAGCUGAUUGACCAGUCCGGACCUCCUCAUGAACCCAAGUUUGUUUACCAAGCGAAAGUUGGGGGCCGCUGGUUUCCAGCCGUCUGUGCGCACAGCAAGAAACAAGGCAAGCAAGACGCAGCCGAUGCAGCCCUCCGUGUCUUGAUCGGGGAGAGCGAGAAGGCAGAGCAGUUGGGUUUCGCAGAGGUAACCCCAGUGACAGGGGCCAGUCUCAGAAGAACUAUGCUCCUCCUUUCCAGGUCCCCAGAUGCACAUCCAAAGACACUCCCUCUCACUGGUAGCACCUUCCACGACCAGAUAGCUAUGCUGAGCCACAGGUGCUUCAACGCUCUCACCAACAGUUUCCAGCCCUCCCUUCUCGGCCGCAAGAUCCUGGCUGCCAUUAUUAUGAAGAAAGACCCUGAGGACAUGGGUGUUGUUGUCAGUCUGGGGACAGGGAAUCGCUGUGUGAAAGGAGACUCUCUCAGCCUGAAGGGAGAAACAGUCAAUGACUGCCAUGCAGAAAUCAUCUCCCGGAGGGGCUUCAUCAGGUUUCUCUACAGUGAGUUAAUGAAGUAUAACCAACACACUGCCAAGAACAGCAUAUUUGAGCUUGCCAGAGGAGGGGAGAAGCUCCAGAUAAAAAAGACCGUUUCUUUUCACCUCUACAUCAGCACGGCGCCCUGUGGAGACGGAGCCCUCUUUGACAAAUCCUGCAGUGACCGCGCUGUGGAGAGCACAGACUCCCGCCAUUACCCUGUCUUUGAAAACCCCAAGCAAGGCAAGCUUCGCACCAAGGUGGAGAAUGGGGAAGGUACAAUUCCCGUGGAGUCCAGUGACAUUGUACCCACGUGGGAUGGCAUCCGCCUUGGGGAAAGACUCCGGACCAUGUCCUGUAGUGACAAAAUUCUACGCUGGAAUGUGCUGGGCCUGCAAGGGGCACUGUUGACUCACUUCCUACAGCCUGUGUACCUGAAAUCUGUAACACUAGGUUACCUUUUCAGCCAAGGGCAUCUGACUCGUGCUAUUUGCUGCCGUGUGACCAGAGAUGGGAAUGCAUUUGAGGAUGGACUACGCUAUCCCUUUAUUGUCAACCACCCCAAGGUCGGCCGAGUCAGUGUGUAUGAUUCCAAAAGGCAAUCCGGAAAGACCAAGGAAACAAGCGUCAACUGGUGCUUGGCCGAUGGCUACGACCUAGAGAUCCUGGAUGGCACCAGAGGCACCGUGGAUGGACCAGGGAAGGAGUUGUCUCGGGUGUCCAAGAAGAACAUUUUCCUUCAGUUUAAGAAGCUCUGCUCCUUCCGUGCCCGCAGAGAUUUACUGCAGCUCUCCUAUGGUGAGGCCAAGAAAGCUGCCCGUGACUACGAGUUAGCCAAGAACUACUUCAAGAAAAGCCUGCGGGACAUGGGCUAUGGGAACUGGAUCAGCAAACCCCAGGAGGAAAAGAACUUUUAUCUCUGUCCAGUACCCAAUGACUGAUAGUGUGUUUCCCAUGGGGUCAGAGGGAGUUCAUGGCAUUCCUCAUCACACUGGGCCAGAGUUCAGGGGCUUUUUUUUAUACCCCUCCCCCCUUUUUAAUGGAGGAACCAUAAUAGAUGCUACCAAGACCUUUGGUCCCCACUUACCCUGCUUGCUUUGGGAUUUUGAGGUGGGGGUCUAGCAGAGCCCCCCCCCUUCCCAGUCGAAGAGGCAGAGAUUAAAGAAGAGGGGCCAUGUCAUUCCACGUGUAGCAUAGCCAGUCCCUGAACCCCUGCAGCCUGGUCCCUUCCAGUUUAGUUUUGUGAUGUUUUUUCCAUCUCCUUUCCUUUGCUACACAGACCUCUUGUGGAUUUGAUUGCAUUCCCGUCAGUUCUCUGUAAAUCAUGUCAGGGACUAACGAUUUUCACCUCUGUAGAUCCGCGGGUCCCGAAUCUCCCCUCCUAGAAUUCCUUCUGUGGUGAGGUUUUUCCUUCCCCACCCCAGAGAAUGAAGAGGUGAACAUAAAGGAUUGGUGAAAUGUUUACAUGGGUAGGAGUUGAAAACUGUGGCCCGGGGUCAUAGGGCGAUGGGAAUGUGGUAGAAUAUGGUUGGGACAGGCAAGCCCUGCCCAAUGACAAACAGGCCGUGCUGGCCAGCCAGGGAACCGCCCUUUCCGGACAGCAGGGAAGUUGAGAACCAAAUGUGGGGCUGGGGGAGGUGCUCAAGCCGAGCAGGUUCCCCAGUAGGGACCCACAGAGCACUAAGCAGGGUGCACUAGCCAGGCUACUUCUUUGGGAAGUAGCCACAUUCCCAUCUGCCCUUCUGUAAAGCAUUCACGGAAUCUGGCUCUCUCCAUGUGUGGUAUGGGGCCACAGACCCCAGCUAUUUGUGAAAAGCUAAGGACAAGUCAUGGAGGGUAGAUCAUCUUUGUCCAGACUGAACAAAAGGAAAUGCAGAGCAUCAUGUUGGCGAGGUACUGGCCCACUUGGGUUCUUCUCGUGGCACUGUUACCAGCAGAAGUUGACAAAGCCUUGUGUAAAAUUAAUGUUUCUAAAAGGCCAGAGGUAUUGAUUCUGGACUGCAUUACAGACUUGAGAUACAAAUAUAUUUUUGCAUUAGUGAAUGUA